AAAACAAAAUGAAUGAAAUGUUGGUGGCGCCAAAAUGGUGGCGCCAAACGAAAACUUCCCGCCCCUCACUGCCCGCCACUCCUCCUUCUUUAUAACACAACCCCUUCCCCUUACCCCUCACAAUACCAAUUGCUCCUAUUCUCUACUCCCAAAGCCGCCAUGGUUCUAAAGCUCAAGUUAGCCACUCCAGCCAAGUUCUACGGCAGCAGCCUCCCGCGCCCUCGGAUCUACACGGACGUCAAGUUCAAUGACGAACGGGUCGACCCGCCUGUAGCCGUCAUGGAUCCGUUUCUGGCCUGGGCCAACGAGGCCCACUGGUCCAUGGGCGGCCUCAGCUUCAAGCGCCUCCGCCUCCAGGGCCGGAUCGAAGGCCACGUCGGCAAGCUCCGCGCCGAGCGGGAAAAGACCGAGGACAGGAAGCAAAAGAGCAAGAGGGCUUCUUCCGAUUCGCCUCCUUCGGCUCCGAUUGCGCCCAAGCGCCGGAGAUUCCUGGCUUUGAUUGAUGAAGAUGAAGAUGAGGAGGAGGAGGAGGAGGAAGAUCUGGAGUUGGUGAGGGGGAAGAGGCUUGUGAAGAAGCUGGCCGAUGAGUUCGAUAGGGUGGCUGAUGCGGGGAAGGAGACGGUGGCUUCAAGGACUCGGAGCCGGAAAUUGGAAGUGGAUGACGGGAUUGAGACGGAGACUCAGACUGUGAUGCAGGUGGCAAAGGAGGUAAAUAAGUUGAGCUUGAAGGGCAAAAAGUUGAAGAAGCGGAAGAGCAAGGGACCCAGGACUUCGCCCAGAUUGGCAAACCGUAGCUGAAGAAGCCUCUACAAAUGUCAUGUAAUUUAUUAGCCAGGAUUUUAGAUCUGCAUUUUUAAGUUAAAAUCUUUUGUUGCUUUUCCAGAUCUGAAAGAAACAAAAAAAAAAAAAAAAAUUGCUAUUUGUAUACAUCUCUUGCUGCUGUGUUAGCUUCUUUGUUCUUGUAAUACUGAAUGUGCUGCAUCAUAUGCACUAUGCAUGAGCAUGAAUGCAAUUCCUGGUUUCUUA